CUAGUUCAUUUUAGGCCGUGGAACGAUAUUGUCUAGAUAUAAUUUUGUACGUUUUAGUGCGUAAGGUCGAACAAACACACACAGAAAUAUAAAAAAAGAAAAAAAUCUAAAGAAAAUAUUUCUAUUUGUAUGGAAAAAAAGUAUUGAAAAAAAUAUAAAAACGAACAGUGCAAAGUGUAAAGAAUUAUUUUUAUAAAAAAAACGAAUUAUUAUUUUUUACUAAACGACAAAGAAAAGCGCAAACAAAUAUUUGAUUAGUCAUAAAAAUUUAAUAAAAGAAAAAUACAUUAAAUUAAAAUAAAUUACAAUUAAACGAACAUAAACAUAGUAUUUAACUAAAUUAAACAUGUUUUAAGUGAUUUAAAACUUGGUUGAAUAAAAAAAAUUUGGAAAAUAUUUAUUAAAGUUAUUUUAAAGUGUAAAAAUGCCUUUUGUUGCACCAAAAACUACAACGACUAGUGGUAAUGCGGCGGGUCGCACCACUUUUCGACCACCAUGGGUUAAAGAAGAUGGAGCCCAAAGUGGCUUAAAACCCACUACCAAAACCUCCAUACCUUGGGCCAGAAAAAGCAUAGACGUCAAAGAAACUGAAACCCCCAAUGCCAGUAUAUUAAAGAAAACUACUCCCUCCACCACUGCAAGCAAAACGAAUGCAGAACCCAGUGCUACUUUAAAGAAAGCUAGUGAGUCUUUGAAAAAAACCAAUGAACCUGUUAAGAAACUCACCACAGCUGUGAAAAAGGAACCCGAAACAGUUAAAAAACCCUCCACAACAUCAGCCAGCACAACAAAAACUCUAGCGGCUAAGAAAAAAGAACCCACACCACCCUCUUCUUCGGAUGAAGAAGAAACCGAUGAGGAAGAGGAGGAGGUGGAGGAAGAAGAAACUGAAGAAGAGACAGAAGAAGAAACAGAAGAAGAAGAAACCGAAGAAGAGGAAUCUGAAGAAGAAGAAUCUGAAGAAGAGGAAUCCGCCAAAGUACCAGCUAAAAAACCUCAAGCCCCAGCCAACAACAAUAACAGCAAAAUUCCCGCCACGACAGCGGCUGGGAAAAAAAUUAUUCCACCCAAAACACAACCACCCAAAAAAGAGGAAGAAGAAAGUGAGUUAAAACGCCGUUUUUCAAUAGAAAAACCCAAACUUAGACCGGUUGUCGUUAAACGUGACAAGUCUAUGAAAAAAAUCGAAGAUGACGAUGAGGCGGUCGAAGGUGAAACCGAAGAAGAACGCGAACGUCGUUUACGUUUUAAAUUAGAAAAGCCCAAAUUGCGUCAUGUUAAACGCGAAGAGAAACCCUUACCUAGUAAAAGUUCAGAGAAUAUUAUGAAAAUACGACCGGUUUUGAAAAAAGUACCCAAAGUCGAUGAGGUAAUUAAGGAAACAAAAGAGGAACCCAAACCUGAAUUUAAAACGAAAACUUUACGUAAAACACCGUCAAUUAAACGCGAACCCAGUAUCAAAAAUGUUCCGGCACCACCACCAUUACCAUCAUUGGUGCCCAAGGCUCCCCCACCACCUCCACCACCAUUGGGUAAGCCAGGUGAGAAAAAGGAAAUAUCAGAGGCACGAAAACAAGCUAUAGAAAAACUAAAAACAAGACCACGUCGACGACCUGACUGGUCGGAAAUGAUGAAGGAAGUAGAAAGUGGCAGGAAAUUACGACAUGUGGAGUGCAAUGACAGAUCUCAACCCAUACUCACUUGCAAAUCGAUGACCAAAGUGGAUAAUAAAUUUAUUUAUGAGACCGAAAAGGAUAAUUCACACAAUAAGCUGUUGAAACAAAUCCAGGGUGGUAUUAAAUUGAAACCCACACAAACAAAUGAUCGUAGUAAGCCAUUCAUAGAAGGUCUAAGGAAAUUCCGCAGACAAAUGACCAUCGAAGAGCAACUGCAAAAGUCACAAUCUAAAGUGAAUAUGUUAGGCAGUGCUCCAGGAGCAGCAGGAGCUACAGAUACCACCGAUGGUGCUGCACCCUCUGCAAGCUCUACACGUGCCGGUAGUAUUGUUUCCGCUUUAGUACUAGACGAUCCCAGUGGUGAUGAACUCGAUGACAUUGAUAAGAUACGCGAUGACUUGCAGAGCACUAAACAAAUGUUAGCACUCGAACUGCGUAAUCGUGAGGCCCAAGAGAGAGAAAAUAAAAAACUUUUAGCCAAAAUAGCCACCUUAGAAGCUGAACUAGAACGUGAAAAGUCCAGAGACAAAACUUUGGAAUAUGGUUCAAGAAUUAUUGUCGCCACCAUGGAAACCACACCCGAAUCAGAAGAAGCUUUUGUUAAUUCACUGAAAAAGGAGGCAGAAGAAUCCAAGAAAACUGCUAAGGAAUUGGAAAAGAAAUAUUUAACAACGGGCGAACAAUUAGAUCAAGCCAAGAGUGAAAUUGAAGAGCAAAAGAGACAAAUACAAAUGUUGGAAAGAAAAUUGGCACAAGCUUUACAGGGUGGUGGCUUGGACUCUAGAAGAGCCAGUGAUGUUCACAAUGGUCGUGAUAGUUCACCAGACUUUGACUUGGCUGAAAGUGAAAGUGAUCCAGAUGAGCCAGAAGAAAAGAAGGCCGAAAGACGUGAGAAACGUUUGGUCAAGGAAGUUAAAGUAUUGCGCAGUAAAUUAACCAAGGUAAAGGUAAAGGAAGAAGCUGCCAAAAAGGAGAAAAUGGCUCUCAAGGAGGCCAUGAAAAAGAAUCAUGUUAUACUCAAGGAAGAAAAGAAGAAAUUCAAGAAACUAGAAAAGGAAGUACACAAAAUGGCAGCUUCAAUGAAGGAAGAUGCCGACGAGGAUGAAGAGAAUGAAGAUGAUGAAGAAAAGGAAGAGGAGGAGGAAGAAGAAUCCGAAGAGGAAUCUGAGGAAGAGUCUGAAGAAUCAGAGUCUGAGGAAAGUGGCAAUGAGACAGAAAGUGAAUCAGAAGCAGAGGAUGCCCCCAAUUCAGCCAAGAAGGAGAACCUUGAACCACGUCUCAAGAAACAUGAGGGACGCUUGUCUGCCAUGAAAAAAUGCAAUGUCCUAUUGCAGGCCAAUGUUGACAAUUUGCAAGAUGAAAUUUCUCAAGUUCGCUAUAAGGCCUCCAAUCUACAAUCUGAAUUGGAUUCAGUGCUGGCUGAUUUAGGUUUUUAAUUAACCAGGAGAACCCCACUCACCUACACUACACGUACACACACUCAUACAUAAUUAUUUAUUAUUUACUAUAUAAUUUUUUAAUAAACAUUGACAUAAUACAUUAUAUAUCGAUCUAUGAUGGUUGUCUAAUAAGAGAAUUCAAUUUUCUUCUUACCUUUUUGUAAAAUGUUUGUACAAGUUUUAAUACGCAGUAAAAAUAUGCAUACAAAAUAAAAAUUCCCACUCC